AUGACCAUCCUCAUGGGAGGAAAGUGGAUCUUCCUGUUUUCUGUCACAACUUGCGCCUGUCGAUGCAGGUCUGCGGGCUACCUUUGGCUGAUCAUCGCAGUGGGACCUGUUGCGCUGACCAUUGAUCUGAUCAAGGCAGAUAAAACGCUGGACAAGGAGCAGUUGGAAGCACAAGCUGCAGGUUGCUUCUUUAUGUCGACUCUUCCUCGCAGUCUUUCCGACUUUCUGGCUGCAAGUUGA